AUGGGAGGUCCCAAUCUCGAAGUCUUCAAGUUCGGCAUGUACAUCAUGUUCCCCAUCGGCUGGAUGUACUACUUUGGCACAAACCUCGACGAGCGCUUUUCCGUCCCAGACUUCUGGCCCAAGGAGAACGAGACCCAUCACAUUCCCUUCGAGAAGGACGAGAUCCAGUCGGAACUGGCCAGACUACGCGCUCGCCGCUUGGCCGCUCGCCAAAGAAGA